CUGUGCCCAGGGAAGGAGCAAUGAGAAGGAAAAGCAGGAGAAGGGGAAAGCAGAGAAACGCAAGAAGGUGAAAACAGAGGGGGAGGAGAAAAUGGGGAGGAAGAAAAUAAAGAAGGAAAAAAUGCUGGAAGAGGAGCAAAAGUUGGAAAGGACAGACGAGGAAUUAGAAGUGGGAGAUGAACCAGGAGGGAUGGAGGGGAGAGAUGUGGUGGGAAAGGAAAGUGAAGAUGGGAAAGGAAUAAAGGAGGAGGAGGUGGAUGAGCAAGGGGAUGAGAGAUUGGGACAGGCUGAGAGCAUGGAGAUUGGGCUGGAGGUGAAGGAGGAAGAUGAGGCAGGGAAGGGAGAUGGGCCAGGGGAAGGGAAAAAGCAGAAAACCAAGGAGAAAAAGCCAAAAGAGAAAAAGGAGAGGGGGAAGAAAAGUAAAGAGAAGAGCGAAAAUGAGGAGAUCCCAGAGAAAACCCGGAAAAGAAAAUCUAAGGAGGAAGGAGAGGAGAAGAAGAACAAAAAGGCUAAAAAGGAGGAAAAAGAGAAAGAAAAGAAAGAGGCAGAAAAGAAGUGGAAAUGGUGGGAAGAGGAGAAGACAGCCGACGGGGUGAAGUGGACGCAGCUGGAGCACCGAGGACCCUACUUCGCCCCCCUCUACGAGCCGCUGCCUGACGAUGUUCAGUUUUAUUACGAUGGCAAACCCCUGAAGCUGAGCCUGGCCACGGAGGAGAUUGCUACCUUCUAUGCCAAAAUGCUUGAUCACGAGUACACCACCAAGGAGAUCUUCCAGAACAACUUUUUUAAUGACUGGAGGAAGGAGAUGACCCCUCAGGAGCAGAAGAUAAUCAAGCACCUGGACAAGUGUGACUUCAGAGAGAUCCACAAGUACUUUGUAGACAAAAACGAGGCACGGAAAGCACUCCCCAAAGAGGAGAAGCAGAAACUGAAGGAGGCGGCAGACAAGAUCCAGGAAGAGUACGGGUAUUGCAUCCUCGAUGGGCACCGGGAGAAGAUAGGCAACUUUAAAACUGAGCCUCCGGGGCUUUUCCGUGGCCGUGGUGACCACCCCAAAAUGGGCAUGCUCAAGAAGAGGAUCAUGCCAGAGGAUGUGGUCAUCAACUGCAGCAAGGACUCUAAGAUCCCCGAACCGCCUGCGGGCCACAAAUGGAAGGAGGUGCGCUUUGACAACACGGUCACCUGGCUGGCCUCGUGGACCGAAAACAUCCAGAACUCCCUAAAGUACAUCAUGCUGAACCCCAGCUCCAAGCUGAAGGGGGAAAAGGACUGGCAGAAGUACGAGGUAGCCCGGAAGUUAAAGGACGUUGUCCACAAAAUCCGUGCUGAGUACCAGGCUGACUGGAAGUCCAAGGAGAUGAAGAAGCGGCAAAGAGCAGUGGCCCUCUACUUCAUUGAUAAGCUGGCCCUGCGAGCUGGCAAUGAGAAAGAGGAAGGGGAGACUGCGGACACAGUUGGCUGCUGCUCCCUGCGCGUGGAGCACAUCAAGCUGCACCCCGAGCUGGACGGGCAGGAGCACGUGGUGGAGUUUGACUUCCUCGGGAAAGACUCCAUCCGCUACUACAACAAAGUGUCGGUGGAGAAGCCGGUGUUCAAAAACCUGCAGCUGUUCAUGAAGAACAAGGACCCAGGAGAUGACCUCUUUGAUAGGCUCACUACGGUCAUCUUGAACAAACACCUCCAGAAUCUGAUGAACGGUUUGACUGCCAAAGUGUUCAGGACCUACAACGCUUCCAUCACACUGCAGGAGCAGCUCAAGGCCCUCACUAACUCUGAAGACAGCGUUGCAGGAAAGCUGCUCUCCUACAACCGAGCUAACCGAGCUGUGGCCAUCCUGUGCAACCAUCAGAGGUCCACGCCAAAAACCUUUGAGAAGUCAAUGCAAAACCUCCAGAGUAAGAUUGAUGCCAAGAAGCAACAGCUGGAGGAAGCUGAAAAAGAGCUGAAAAAAGCUGAAAAUGAGUUUGAAGAGACAAAAGAUGCCAAAGCAGAGGCCAAUGUACAGAAGAAAAAAAAGCUGCUGGAGCGUCUAAAAGAGCAGCUGGCCAAGCUGAAUGUCCAGGCCACAGACAAGGAGGAGAACAAGCAGAUAGCUCUGGGCACGUCCAAGCUGAAUUACCUGGACCCCAGGAUUAGCAUAGCCUGGUGUAAGAAGUUUGGUGUGCCCAUUGAGAAGAUCUACAACAAGACACAAAGGGAGAAGUUUGCCUGGGCGAUCGACAUGGCCGAUGAGGACUUUGAAUUCUGAGAAAGCGCCUUUCCUGUUACCUCAUGCUCAUUAGGUGUUGUUUGAUAACUUUUUUUACAUGCUGCAGCAGUUGUUACGGAUGUGGGGUGCUUGCCUAAAGGGAGUUUGAUCUAUGUAUUUCAUAUUGUUUUUUUGUAUAAAAAUUAGAAACCAGAUCUUUAAAACAACUGACUUGUGACACUCGUUCUGAGUGCAGUAACGUUGCUGUGAACUUUUAAUUCCUCUCCAGAGCUGCCAAGUGCUCUGGUGGAUCUCUUCUUUCCUCCUCCUUGAGAGUCUGGGAAGAAGAUUGAGAGCCUUAACAGUGCCAAUAAAUGAGAUUACAGCGUCUAA